UUCGGCUCCCACCAUUCCCCCACAACCAUUAAAACUCCAUUUCCCCAAUCAAAAACCGUCACCGGAAAAUUCAAUUUUCCCCCAUCUCUCUUUUUUUUUUUUUUUGCUUUCAUGUCCAGCUCUGAUAACCCAAAUUCAUGCGCCGGAGAUAUCCACUUCAUGCCGAGAAGACGGGUAAUCGAAAGUGGCGCCUCCGAGUUCGACCAUGAGGACGGUGCCAAACUGCUGCCCGCCGUCGCCGACGAUGACGUCAAACACGCCGCCUCCUUCCGCCGCCACGUCCACCGCCACUGGCUGCAGGUGGCCGGCCGCCCGGGCUGCUGCCUCUUGCUUCUCGCCUUCUCUACCAUUUCUCUGUUCGUUAAGUUUAUGCUGCUCAAUUCCUUUGAGGAAAUGCGGCUCACCAGGUCCCACAAUAUUGGGGGCCGCGCCGGAAAUUUCAUCGUCCGCCACAAAACGCUCUACCAACCGUAUAGUGCUUUGACCGGCGGUGAUGAUUCCGCCGCCGUCGCUCAAAAUCAACCAGACCCAUUGCCGGAAAAGCUUCAGAUUCCGGAGAUAUGGAAGCAGCCAGAAAGCGAAGACUAUUACAAAUGCAUCAAUGUAACAAAGAAGGAACAAUGGAAUGAUACUGAAACAAAUGGCUACCUUCUAGCUCGAGCCAAUGGCGGAUUGAAUCAGAUGAAAACUGGGAUAAGUGACCUGGUUGCUAUAGCAAAAAUCAUGAAUGCAACUCUUGUUCUUCCUUCUUUGGACCACAGAUCCUUCUGGACAGACUCGAGCGAUUUCAAAGACAUCUUCGACUGGCAAAACUUCAUAGAAGUUUUGAGAGAUGAAGUUCAUGUAGUAGAGUCUCUCCCCUCAGAACUCGCUACUAUCAAGCCCUUUGAAACUGCCCCAGUUUCUUGGUCCAAGGUAUUCUUCACCCUGCAUUCAUUCUCUCUCUCUCCUGCACAUUCUCUCUCUAAUGCUAUUACAAAUAUAUACGUGCAGCCUCGUUAUUAUAGAGUGCAUAUGGUGUCCCUGUUGAAGCGUCACAAGGCGAUUUGCUUAACCCACACCGACUCUCGUCUAGCCAACAACGGUGUUGCUGAAUCGACACAAAAACUACGAUGUCGGGCAAUGUACAAAGCUUUAAGGUUUAAUCCUGAGAUCGAACAACUUGGAAACAAGUUGGCUGCUAGGCUAAGAAGUAACGGAAAACCUUAUUUAGCUCUUCAUUUAAGAUACGAAAAGGACAUGCUAGCAUUCACAGGCUGCAGUCACAAUCUUACUGAAGCUGAGGAUGAAGAGUUAAUGAAUCUAAGGCUUAACGUAAGACACUGGAAGGUAAAAGAUAUAAAUGCAACCCAGCAAAGACUAAUAGGGGAAUGCCCCAUGACUCCAAGAGAGGUAGCUGUGUUUCUUCAGGCAAUGGGAUAUCCUUCUGAUACAAAUAUCUACAUUGUUGCUGGCAACAUUUACAGCGAAAGCGGGAUCGAACCACUGAAAGCUAAGUAUCCUAAUAUCUUCACACAUUCAUCUUUGGCAACUGAAGAGGAACUGCAGUCUUUCAAGCAAUAUCAGAACCAGUUGGCUGCUUUAGACUAUGUUGUAGCACUAGAGAGUGAUGUUUUCGUUUACACCUAUGAUGGGAACAUGGCUAAAGCCGUCCAAGGUCACAGGAGAUUUGAAGGAUUUCGGAAAACCAUCAGCCCUGACAGGACAAAUUUUGUGGAUUUGAUUGAUCAAUUGGACAAAGGAGCGGUAAGUUGGGAAGAGUUUUCAUCCAAAGUUACUGAAUUACAUAAAGAGAGAAUGGGGUUACCAUAUCCAAGACGUCCCGGGAAGUCUUCAAAACUGGAGGAGAACUUCUACGCUAAUCCUUAUCCUGGUUGCAUUUGCCGCAACUCUGAUGGUGAGAAGCAUCCCUCGAAGAAAAGAAACAAAUCUUGAGGCUGAAAAUCAUCUGGCCGUACAGAGAAAGGCCAUGGGAUGUAUACUUGGCACAGGAAAACUUCAUGCUUCAGCAG